AUGAGUUCUUCAACUCAACCUUUGAGACGUGCAUUUCGAACUAUUCAACCCAAUGUACCAAGAGUGGCUGUUAAUAAAACUGUUACCAUUAAUAGACCAUCACUUGUAUUAGAUGCAGAGCCAUAUAAAUCUAGAAAACAAUACACAUAUUCAAUUAGUGACCUUCUUUCCUUUAAGCCCUCUGCCAUCCCAUACACUCUCCCUCUUGCUGUUAUUUGUGCUCUCUCUGAGAAAUCAGAAGUCCCUUAUAAAACUCCUUGUAAAAGAGUUAUUAAAUCAGAGGAAGAUCCUAAGAAGUUAGAUACUCGAUCUAAACAAGUUUCAUAUGGAAAAGUUACUGAAGGAUACGCUAACUAUGUAAAAUUUGUUCCAGUCUCUGAAAGAAUCCGUGGAGAUCCUAAAACUCCAGAUAUUCAUCAAUCUUGUUCUAAAAGAUCUUGGGAUGGUCAAGUAAGAAAGUGGAGAAGAGCACUUCACGCAUUCGAUGAUAUUAAAACUAAAGAAGAACUAGAUGAAGUCAGAAAGAGACUUGUUGUAAUUAAUGCUACUCCAAAUAAAUUAAAAGUUCCAUCCACUGAACCAAUUCAUAGAGCUAGAAUGUUAGAUAGUAAUUACAUUCCUCGUUCAUUAACUUUUGAUGAUUUGGAGUAA